AACGUCAAGCGUGUACAUCUAUGGCUGGCUCCAGUGUCCUUCCCUCCAACGUGGCUGGUAUCAGCAAAGAGCUGAUCGAACUGCAGCAUCUCAUCCAGUUCCCAGAGGAGGUUGCCAGCAUUCUGACUGAGCAGGAGCAGGAACUCUACCGGAAAGUCUUACCCAUUGACUACCUCUGCUUUUUAACCAGGGAUUUGGGGAGUGCUGAAUGUCAAAGCAAGCUGCCAUCUAUUAAAGCAUCCAUAUCUGCUACUAUUCUUUCUUCCCCCAAUGGUGAACAUAAUGCUAUAGAAGAUCUUGUGACAAGGUUUAAUGAGGUGAGCUCGUGGGUUACCUGGCUGAUCCUGACUGCAGGUUCUAUGGAGGAGAAACGAGAGGUCUUCUCAUAUUUGGUACAUGUGGCAAAAUGCUGCUGGAAUAUGGGCAACUACAAUGCUGUAAUGGAAUUUCUGGCAGGGCUAAGGUCAAGAAAAGUUUUAAAAAUGUGGCAGUUUAUGGAUCAGUCUGAUAUUGAAACCAUGCGAAGUCUGAAAGAUGCUAUGGCACAACAUGAGUCAUCCUCAGAAUACAGGAAAGUGGUGAACCGGGCACUCAAUAUUCCAGGCUGUAAAGUCGUUCCGUUCUGUGGUGUAUUUUUAAAAGAGCUUUGUGAAGUUUUGGAUGGAGCAUCAAGCCUCAUCAGGCUCUGUCCACGAUAUAACUCCCAGGAUGAAACAUUAGAGUUUGUUUCAGAUUAUAGUGGACAAGAUAAUUUCUUGGAACGAGUGGGCCAGGAUGGUUUAAAUAAUCCAGAAAAAGAAUCAACAGCAAACAGUAUCUUUCAAACCAUUCGGAGCUGCAAUCGCAGUUUGGAAUCUGAAGAGGGUGAAGAUAAUUUUAGUGAAGGGAGUGAUUCAAGAAAAAACUCUUUGAAGGACAAAAACCGGUACCAAUUUAUAAUAGGAGAUCUUUCAGAUUCUGAAAGUGAUAUAUUUGAGCAGUUGAAGGAGUGGGACACAAAAUCAACAGAAGAGCAACAAAAGGCUUUCUGCCAUGGUAUAGAACUCAUUCCCUGGUACGUGUUAUCUAUCAGGGCUGAUGUCCAUCAGUUCAUGCAACAAGGGGCAACUGUCAUUCAUUAUGAGCAGGAGACACAUCUCUCAGCACGCUGUUUCCUUCAACUUCAGCCUGACAACAGUACUUUGACUUGGACAAAACCCACAACAGCUUGCCCUGCAAAUGCUAAGGCAAAACUGAGUGUGCUGGGUAAUACUGCUGAGCCUGGGAAAUACCAGUUUCUUGGUAACACUGGACUGAUGGAAGGUUUUUUGGACUUGUUUUCAGCCAAGGCUGUAUAUAUGGGACACUCUGGCAUUGAUAUGCACACUGUGUGUGUUCAAAAUAAACUUUGUAAUAUGUCCCUUGAAGAAAAUGGUAUAACACUACUUUAUGGACUUCAGACUACUGAUAAUAAGUUGCUGCACUUUGUCGCUCCAAAAUAUACUGCCAGAAUGCUGUAUGAUGGAUUGCUGGAAUUGACUAAAGCUGUAAGAAAAAUGAGGAGAUUCCCUGAUCAAAGACUACAGUGGCUACGGAAACAGUAUGUCAGCCUUUACCAGGAGGAUGGAAGAUUUGAAGGUCCGACCUUGGCUCAGGCUGUUGAGCUGUUUGGAGGCAGACGAUGGAGCGCAAGAAACACAAACACAGGAACUCUCACCAAAAGCAGUGAGAAACCUAGUGUACAGAGAAACAACACUCUGGGAAUAAACACAGCUAAGAAAAAGAAGAAAGUACUCAUGAGGGGUGAAAGUGGAGAGGCCACUGAUGAUGAAAUGGUGACUCGGAAGGCAAAAAGCUGUAAGGAAUAUCGUAAUAGAAGUGGUUCAGAUCCUCAAGAUAUUGAUGAACAAGAAGAACCAGAUCAAAAUAUUAUUAUUAAUGCUUCUCCAUCUAACAACCUGCCAUCAAGAAGAGCUCACUCUCUGACAGCAUCUGGAUCUCCUAAUUUAGGAGCUACAUCUUCACCAACAAGACCAGUCUCUUCUCCUGUAAUCACAUGGAGCAGCAGUAGCUGGCAUGGCCGUGUUAAAGGAGGAAUGAAGGGGUUUCAGAACUUCAUGGUGUCUGAUAGUAACAUGACUUUUGUGGAAUUUGUAGAGCUCUUCAAAUCUUUCAGCGUCCGUAGCCGCAAGGAUUUGAAAGACCUGUUUGAUGUCUAUGCUGUGCCUUGCAACCGAUCUGGUUUAGAGCCUGCUCCGCUUUACACUAAUUUGAAGAUUGAUGAAAAUAGCAGUGGAUUCCAGCCUGAUUUAGAUUUAUUGACUAGGAAUGUUUCAGACCUUGGUUUGUUCAUUAAGAGCAGGCAGCAACUAUCAGACAAUCAGAGGCAAAUAUCUGAUGCUAUUGCUGCUGCCAGUAUUGUAACCAAUGGUACUGGAGUUGAAAGCACGUCUCUGGGAAUAUUCGGAGUGGGAAUCCAGCAGCUAAAUGACUUCCUAGUGAACUGCCAAGGAGAACACUGCACCUAUGAUGAAAUCCUCAGUAUUAUCCAGAAAUUUGAACCCAGUGUGAAUAUGUGCCAGCAGGGGCUGCUAUCUUUUGAAGGAUUUGCAAGAUUUUUGAUGGAUAAAGACAACUUUGCCUCUAAAAAUGAUGAGUCACAAGAGAAUGCUGAGGACUUUCAGUUUCCACUGUCAUAUUACUACAUAGAAUCUUCACAUAAUACUUACCUUACUGGCCAUCAGCUUAAAGGGGAAUCCUCAGUAGAGCUCUACAGCCAGGUUCUUUUACAAGGCUGUAGAAGUGUAGAAUUAGACUGCUGGGAUGGAGAUGAUGGAAUGCCUAUCAUUUAUCAUGGACACACUCUUACUACUAAGAUCUCUUUUAAGGAGGUGGUUGAAGCUAUCGACCGCAAUGCGUUUAUCACCUCCGACAUGCCCGUCAUCAUAUCCAUCGAAAACCACUGCUCCCUGCCUCAGCAGCGCAAGAUGGCUGACAUCUUCAAGAAUGUAUUUGGAGAUAAGCUGGUAACAAAGUUUUUAUUUGAGAGUGACUUUUCUGAUGAUCCCAUGCUUCCUUCACCUGGCCAACUGAAAAGAAAAAUCCUGCUUAAAAACAAGAAGCUGAAAGCCCAUCAAACACCAGUAGAUAUACUGAAACAAAAGGCUCACCAGCUGGCGCAUAUGCAGGCACAGGCUAGCAAUGGUGCUAGCAACCCCACACCCACCAAUGAAGAGGAAGAAGAUGAAGAGGAUGAAUAUGACUAUGACUAUGAAUCUCUCUCUGAUGCUGAUGUCCUUAAUGCUUCUCCUGCUCCUAACAGCCAGGAAGAUAACAUUCUUGAAGACCGACCUGAGAAUAAAUUAUCAAGUGACAAACUGCAGUUUGAAUAUAAUGAAGAGACUGCCAAACGAAUAAAGAAGGCUGAUUGUGCUACUUACAGUAAUAAAGGAAAGGUUUAUGACAUGGAGCUGGGUGAAGAAUUCUAUCUUCCACAAAAUAAGAAGGAAAGCAGACAGAUAGCCCCAGAGCUAUCAGAUCUUGUCAUUUACUGUCAAGCUGUAAAGUUCCCUGGCUUGUCAACUUUAAACCCAUCUGGCUCUAGCAGAGGAAAAGAAAGAAAAAGCAGGAAGUCCAUUUUUGGCAACAAUCCUGGCAGACUGAGCCCUGGGGAAUCAGCUUCUCUUGCCAAAGCAUCUGGAAAAG